GCACCCGGGAUCCCAACCCGGGCCGCCAGCAGCGGAGCGUGCGCACUUAACCACUAAGCCACGGGGCCGGCCCAACUCUUUUAAUCCUCUUAACAAUCCUGUGAGAGAGCUGAGGUUGAAGAGCAACCAAUUAACCUGAAUUCCAAAGAAGAACAGGAGCCUCCAGGAAGAAGUGGGAUGCAGGCACUGGCACAUUUAUGAAGGGGGAAGGAGACGAGGUCUCCAUGGAAGCAGCAGAUCAGCACCACAAGAAAUGGAAAGGAAGUUCUGGAGGCAGAAAGAAUACCAUACCAGAGAGAAACCUGGAUCUACCUAAAGAAAUGAAGAUCUCUGGAAAUGGAAAGAAAAAGAUGCAAGAUAAGGAACCACAGGACAAGAUUCAGCAGCCUGUCAGCAAAGUACUUGAGCGGAACCGACUUAAAAUGGUGUUAAAAAACUUGUCGCUCUUGAGGCUACUCAAGAGCUCGAACCCCCGGAUCCAAGAACUGUAUAGCCUGGCCAAAAGGUGUUGGAAUUCACUGCUCAGAGUUCCGAAGAUCCUCAGGAUCUCCUCUGGGAACAACGAUGGCUGCGAUAAAGUGGAACAAAACAAUGAAGAGCUCCAGGAGGCUGGGUGCUCCAAGAAGAAACUGGAGUCCAAGAAAUUAGAGUCCAUAGAGGAGGAGGAGGAAGCUGCGUCUCCUAAGGAGACACAGCCCAUGGAGGAGGUGGGGCAGAAGAACAAGGCCCAGCAGUCACCUGCAGCAGUGCCACAGAAAGAAGAGCAGGUCGAGCCUGAGGUCCCAACGACAUCAAGGAGUCAUGGCCUGACCCCUUGCCCUGGAGCCCAGAGGAAGCAGCCACCCACUGGGGGCUCCCGAGUCGUCUUCCUCAAGACCUACCUGCACAGAACUCCCAUGGAGGAUGGGAAGCAGCUGGAAGCAGCUAACCAGUGGGUCUGGUUUGAGGGGCUGCCCACACGAGUCCACCUCCCAGGGCCCCGAGUGAUGUGCAGAUCAUCCACCCUGCGCUGGGUCAAGCGCUGCUGCACCCGUUUCUGCUCUGCGUCACUUGAGCUGCCUAUGUGCCAUCCAUACCGGGUGUGACAACGCCACUGCCAGGCCAGGGUGGUGUGACCUUGGAUGGGAGCCAGAGGUGUGAGGAGAGGACGGAGACCACUCAACCAUCUGAAA